AGGUAUAAUAUCCUUAAGCUUGUUGAUCACUUCCAUUGCCGAGGUUUGUACCGUUCAAUUUUUCUAAGUAUAAUGGAAGGGGAACAGGGUCUGAGACAAUACUCACCAGAAUUAAUGGCUCAGGACCCAAACACAAAAAAUGCUGUCUCUCUUCUUCCUCCUAUGGUCCUUUUCCAUGGUACUGCCGAUUAUUCCAUUCCGUGUGAUUCCAGCAAGAGUUUUGCUGAUACUCUUAAAGCUCUCGGUGUCAAAGCAGAAUGUAUCCUCUAUGAAGGAAAGACACAUACAGAUUUGUUUCUUCAGGAUCCAAUGAGAGGUGGAAUAGAUGAUAUGUUAGAUGAUCUAAUUACGCUGAUUCAUGGUGAUAGCUCUGAAACCAUUAGAGCAAAUUCGACUCCAAGAAAACGACUUGUACCUGAGUUCAUGUUGAAGAUGGCUCGAAGUGUAAGCCCCUUUUAACGAUCAUUCUACUAUUGUACCAUAAUCCAUUGUGUUCAAUUGGAUCAUUUUGAGCUCGAUGAAUCGCCAAAGCUUUCAAUUAGAUUAAUUUUGAUCCUCUUAUUCCUUGUUUUAGUUAGUUUAAAGUGGACUUGCUAACAAAAGUAGCCAUACAAAUAGGUUAUUCUUGGAAGGAAAAAAACCCUUCAUUCAAUUAUUCUUAUUGUAAUAUACUUCUGAGUAUUUUUCUAUUACCUAUGUGUGUGUUCCUAUUUCAAAUAGCUAUAUUUUCU